UCCUAACUGUAUUAGCGUGAGUAAGCUUUUGGCCGGACAGACGAGCGCGUGUCUCGAGAAUCGAGAAUAGGAAAAGUGAAAAACAAAGAUAAAGCCAAAAGUUCAUUAUCAAAUGCAACAGAAACAAAACGGUCUAGAGGGGUAGGGUAAAGAAGAGUGAAAAUUAAAAGUGAAAAAAGUCCGAGCGCGGACGCUGCCCUUGAAUUCGUGCGUGUGUGUGUGUGCGUGUGUUCGUGUAUGUGCGUGCCUUUGCUUCCAAAAUUGUUCAAAGUAAAAAUAAACAUUCGUUUAAGUUUUUAAAACAAAAGCAACCUUGAAAAGGCACCCAAGAGAAGCAUCUACGAGCGGGCAGCGCUCUUUCUGCUUUUGCUUUCGACACGGCGGUGGCUAUUUUCGUGUGGUGUGUGAAAUGCCUGCCCUGCCGCCUGAAUCUGAAUAGUUUUCCCAAGACAAGUGUCCAAUCGGGAAAGUAUUCGCACAACAAUUGGAAAUAACUCGUGUGCAGCUGCCUUAAUCUGAAAUUCGUUAAUAUUCCGAUACGGUUGCAUCCUGUGUAGAAUCGUAUUCUUGAAUUUAUGUAACCUCCAUCUCCUGUCCUGUCCACAAGGCAACAGCUACGUUCAGGAAUUCACUAGAGCCCUCACUCCCACGCACAACAAUCUGGUCGCAGCGGUGGUGGUGGUGGCAGAAUGGAGUAGAGGACGUAGCACGCCACGCACGGUACAGAGGAGCAGGAGCACACCGGAAAGCGGCGCAGGAAUGAAGCGCUAAUGAAUUAACUAAUUAAAAAGAGAAUACCGGCGAAAAUAGGCGUUAACCCGUCACACAAUCCGUUAGAGAAAACCGGAGAGUCUCCUGAUAUAGCAUCGAUACGGCUACGAGGCUCAGAAUGACAUCAUACGCAAAUGACACAACGACAACCACAACCACAGCAGCAGCAGCUGCCGCAGCGGCUGGAGCAGGAAAUGCAGCAGCAGCAGUCGGCGGCGCAGCCCAGGCAGGAGUAGGAGGCGUGGCUGGUGCAGUUGAAUCAUCGAAAGUCAAGGCCAAGAACGGGGAUACCCUGCGCAUUGGCUCCGGUGGCAGAUACAGCGACGAGGACGGCAACAGCUCUGACGGACGCGAGAAGGCCGAUACCACGCCCGAGAACAUCAAGAAGAUAGCCGAGAUAAUGGACCAAAAUGCGGAUAAAGUUGUCUCUGCACCGGCCACGCCCCAGUCGCAGUCGCAGCAGCAUCUAUCGCCCCGCCAUCAAAUGCUAAGUCAGGUGAAUCCGGGCUUUGUGGGCCUGGGCGCUGCCAUCGAUGAGUCAAGCGGCAAGUUCUGUCUUGGCAAGCCGCCGCCAUCGCCGGCCGAAAAAGCGGCGGCAGCACAGAGCAGAGCGAACCACCAGAAGCAGCAGAUCGGGCACACUCGCACCAACAAUAGCAGCAACAAUAGUAGCAACAACAGCAACAGCAAUAGCGGAAGGGUGAUCGCCGGCGAGGCAGAGGAGGAAGACAACUCGACCGAAUCCAACUCAACGACGACUACUGCCACGAAGCAGGCCCUGGCCUUCACCAUAGACCACUUUGAGGCCUCGGAGAACGAUGCUGCGGCACAGGCGGCACGCUACAAGAACAUGAUGGAGCGCUUCCAGAAUCGCCACAAGCGUGGGGCCUCCAUGUCCAAGCUGGAGACGGAGAAUGCCACAACGACGACCGGGACGAACAGCGGCGGCCGGCAGUCGCAGAGGAGCAGCCUGGACGCCGGCAGCAGCAUGGCCGACGACACGCCCACCUCCGAGCAGGCGCCGCAGGUGAGGCUGCGUGUGCGUGAGAGGAGUGCCUCCCGCGUGCGAGACGCCUCCAAGCGGCACAGCUGGUCGCCGCGUAGCUCCGGAACCACCGGCCCCGAGCCAACGCCGGCGCCCACGAAUCGUCCAGCGGGCAGAUCGAAGCUGCCACCGCCUGCCUCCGCCAAGGGAGCCGCCAAUUUGGUGGCCAAUCGCACCGCCAAUCAGUACAUGCCCCGCUCCACCGCCUUGCAGCUGGCACUGAGGCAGGUGGAGAUGCUGUGCCCGCAGCCACCGCUGGCCGAUGACAAGCCCCUGGCGGAGGAUGCCGCCAGCGAGACGGGCACCUACACGCUGGACGGCGACAACUACACGGAGGAGCAAAAGGAUCUCAUGAAUAUCGACCGCAAUGCCGCAGCAGCAGCAGCUUCCGCGGCAGGCGUAAGGAUGCGACCCAAGCAGCUGCCGGUGAAGUCGAAUCGCGGCAGCAAUGUGCUCGAGGUGAACUUUUACCACGAGACGCCGCUGCAGGAACAUCCGCAUCCACCGGGGCAGCAGAAGCAGUCGGAGACACAGAAGAGCAGCACGGGGGCCUAUCUGGAUCAGUUGAAAAGUCGUGUGCUGCGCCAGCAGGCGCCCCUAUCACCACCCUCACCGCCCUCGCCGGCGGCAGAUGUGGGCUGCUUCACCAGCGUCACCACCAGCGGAGUGCUGGCCAAGCAGCGGGCCCUGGACACGCAUCCCAGCAAGCUGACGCGGCAUAGCCACAGCCACAGCCUGUCCACCUCGCAGAUCGACAGCUCCGAGUACGUGAGCAACGAGGCCAAGCUGCGCCACACCCAGGCUCUGUCCGGAUCGGCCACGGAUCGGCAGAAGGCCGGAUAUCGCCUCAAUGUGUUCACCACCAGCACCACCCAGCAGCAGCAUCAUCACCAAAUGCCGGAGACACCGCCCACGCCCACACAGAGCUCGGACAUGGCCCUCAUGCAGACGGCGCAGACGAAGCAGGACUGGAUCCAGGAGUGGGCGCGCAACGCACGGGCACGCAGUCUCGCACAGGAUGUGAGUGGCACGAGCGCCAGUCGACGCCAACAGCAGGCCCAGGCGCAGGCACAGGCACAGCAACUGAUGACACGGAGCUACCACUGCUCGGACACUGGCGGGGACUCGCUCACCGACGACAGCCUCAGCCUGUACAACCAGCAGCGUCAGUAUGCGGCCGCCGCCAAGCUUAAUCGCAGUCUAGCGGAGCGCUACCGGCUGCUGGGCGACUGCGACUACGCCAGCGAUCCGGCGUUGUGCAGUCACGGGGGCGGAGGAGGACUGGGGCCGGGGCAGGCGGUGGAGCCGCCGUAUAAGCCGCCCAAGAGCCCCAGCAAGAUACCCUCGCCGCUGCACACGCUGGGACGUGGGCGCAGUGCCAGCCGCUCGCGGCCGCAGACCGAUGCCUAUCUGGAGCAGACGGCGGCGGCCAUUAGCAAUCUGCAGCAGUCGCUGUCGCGCCGCAGCUCCGUGAAGUCGCCAGCCCAGAGCAGUCCGCAGCACAGCCUGGAGGCAGGGGCGGGCGGUGGCUACCGGAGAUCCCCGCUGCACCGAGCGCUCAUGACCAGCAGCAUCAACGAGGCGCAGCUGCAGCUGCUGACCAGCGGAGAGUAUCUCCUGAAGCAGCUGCGGCGCCGCAAGAACUCCCUGGACGAUGUGGAGCAGGUCGAGCACUUGUACCGACACGAGCACGACUACGAGAAGGCGCCGCCAGAGUCGGCCGCCCCGUUGUCGCCGCUGCGUCGAUCGAGCAGCUUCCAGCAGCAGCAGGGGCAGGGUCAGCAUCCAGUGCGGCAGGCACGUCCCAACUUCCAGAACCUGUAUACGCCACCCGCGGCCCGUCAUGCCCACGCCCUGAGCAUGAUCCAGCAGCUGAAGAAGUCGGCGAGCAGCAACAACUUUGACCAGGCGUACAGCGACUACGACAACGAGCUGCAGUACUACAUCAACGACGAGGACGAGCUGGGCACCACCGGCGCCUACUACUCCAGCAACGAGGAGGACGAGGUGGAGGAGUCCCAGGGCUCGGUGCCGCUCACCAACACGCGAAUGAACAAGGCCCUGCUCAUGCGCAUCGAACGGAGCAAGCAGCGUGUGGCGGGCACGGGACAAACCCAAGCCAAACCCUCCUCAGCGCCGGCUGGCAAGCUGAGCACCGCCCAGGCAGGCGCAGGCCUCGUGGCAUGCCCCAACACGCCCGAAUUGCCGCGACGCGGCAUCAGGAGUGUCUCGAGAGCGGCGCCUGGCUCGGCACCCAAGACCCGACAGUCCAUGCCGCGCGAGACGAGCUUAAGUCGAUUGGCCCAGCAGGUGCCCAGCUCCCUGGCCAAUGCCAAGAAGCAGCUGCUGCAGACGGCCAACACCAGCGUGGCCGCCAUUGCCAGGGAACAGCGAGUGCAGCCCAAGUAUAUGGACAUCUCAAAGUACAAGCCGGCGCAGUCCAACAGCUUUCUGCGGAAGAACGAUGCCAAGAGCACGCUGAAGCCGGCGGACCAGAUGAAGCGCAGUCCCAGUGCCAGCUCCAUGGGCCUGAGCCGAGGCGAGGGAACCCGUGCCAGUAAUCGCAGCGUGCGGAGCACCGUCUCCGCGAUGAAUACCAGUACCACAUCCCUAGGCGGCGGCAAUUCCGGCAACCGGGCCUCGUCCACUGCCCGACGCGAUGCCUCAGUUAACAAGCAGAAGGAGGCCGAGAUGGCCAUGUGGAAGCGACGCUCCACCUACGAUCCGAUGAAGGCGGCAGCAGAGGAUCGCCGCAAGAAGGAGGAAGCGCGUCGUGCCCAGAACCAGACGCAAAGUCAGCAACAGAUGAACGACGAGGCCGAUGAACUGCCUUUCGAGAGUGUGCUGCGCCCAACCAACAAUAUGACUAUCACGGGCGGGGGCCACGGCUACAGUCCUCGAAACUCUGUGGAAAACGACGCCUGGACGCUUGGUGAGUCCUCAGAGUAUGGCGCAUAUAUGGACGACUAUGAUGAGAACGAUGAGGCGGAGGCAGACGAAGACGAGCAGCAGCAGUACGACUAUGUCGGCCAGGAGUCCGAUGAUGUGUUCGAGACGGAGUCGGCCGAGUCUGCAGCACAGUGCGCCGAGUAGGCCGCAAGAACAACAACACAAAGCGAACCAGCAACAGUGAUAUAUAGAUUCGAUAUAUACAUAACUAAGUAUAUAUGUAUACAGAUAUAUACUAUGUACAACAUAUUGUAUUUCUUAGCGAGAUCGAUGAUGCGACAUAGAAAUAACCUGCUCUAAGUUGAUCUAGAUAUUUUUCAUUCUGCCCGUUCGAUUUAUUUGUAUGACGUUUAUAUUUUUGAAUAGCGCAAUCGAAUCAUCGAAUAACCAAAUAAACUGAAUACUGAAUAUGCUUAGCGAUAGAUGAUGCUGUCCAAAAUGCCAUAAACAUUAAUGUUUGUUCAAAAGAUCCAAAAAAGAAAACUGUUCAAAAAUGUUUGUCUUGCAGAAACAAAAAAAAAUGUUAUUUUUUCAAAAAAGGAGAUUGUAACAGAAAGUUUCUUAGUUUUAAAAGAACAACAACAAAGAUUUUAACCCCAUUGAUUCAGUUUGGAAAACAAAUUGAAGUUUCUUCAAUCAUUUUGCUUAUGGUGCAAUACACUCUAAUGAAAACUAAUACUCAGUAGUGGCCCUCCAUAUUGUCAGCGGUUCGAGUUCGGUCAGUUCCAGUGCUACGCAAAUAUUUUUGUAUUAUAAGAAGUGCUGAUCAAGGACCACAAGGAAUUGAAUUAAUUUGUAAUUUGUGCUAUGAUCAGUUGUCUCUUCGAUCUGGUAUCUGCUUAUAAGAAAUGCAAGGAAUUAGUUCAUUUUUUGGUAGGAUUUUGGUAGUCACUCAUGAGCCCAUGUCUGUAGGUUUUUUUGAUAUACCUAUGUAUGUAUGUGCGAACACGCAAUGGAAGGUAGCUUACACAACUAAUUAUGAUAUGAUCUAGUUUUAUAUAUGUAUGUGCGAACAUGCAAUGGAAACACUAGUUGUACACCAGAUCUGCAGAGUAUCUGCAAAGAUCUAGUUUAUUUACGGAGCAUAUGUGGUAUUUGCUUUUAAACUAAACUAAACUAAAUUGUUUAAGUAUUUCUUUCGAAACAGCAAACGGAAUUAGUGCAACAGUCAGGGCAGUGCAGUGGUUUCGGUGUCCAUUUAAAUAUUUGCAACUGCUUGUUGGCCUUUAUCUGGGUUCAUCUGGGAUAGUUAAUCAGAUUUUAAACGAAUAGAACUGAAGGACAGUCCAUGGAAUAGCGAAGAUCCAGCACACUAUAUUUAUCAUACCAUUGGAAAAGGGUUCCCCGAGCAGUUGCCUGAUUUUAACACAUCUAUUAUUUAAUAUUUAAAAAACAAGUUUAUUUUUAAUGCAAAAACAAGUAAAACUGAUCAACAGCCGUCUAUAAAACAUUUUUUAAAUUUGUAUAUUUUAAGUAUUUAAACAAAGAUGAACGAAUUGUUUACCGUAUUGUGUCCUAUUUCUUGUUAUUUGAUUUCGCGAAUAUUUUUAGAUAAACAAAAAUAAACGAAUGAAAAAUACUAUACAUA